AUGGAAGCCCGGGAGCUCAAGUUUGCCAUCUUCAAGGACCUCUGCGGGACGCGGGAGCUCGGUCGAUGGAAGCGCUACUGGGGCGCCUUCCAGAAGUACAUGCGAUUGCAACUCUCGCUCGGCGAGCUCCAUGCGAUGGUCGCGUCCGAGCUCUCGCCGCGCCAGCGGCGACUGCACAACCGGCUGGUCGUCAUGCUGCUGAGCCGCGCCCAUGCAAGCGCGGCUAUGGCCAAGGAAUCGGCCAUCGGUGCUGCCCCAUCGACAUGUGCAAGGGACGACCUUGCAGAUCCGCCGACGGAUCCGACGACGGCCGACGACCUCCUUGUCCCCGAAACCCACGAGCACGCCAUUGCCAUGCUGCUUGGCAUCAUGGCGAACGAGCCCCAAGGCUGCGUCCACGAUGCCCAAGCGACGACCGACCUGACACUGGCCUGCCCCACACCGCGUCCGUUACCGGUAUACGACGCGACGCCGGCGCCAUUUGCCUCGACCAGCGAUGACGAAACCAUUGCCGGCUACCGACGCCAUGCUCCGUCGGGUGGUUUCAUCUACGCCGCUUCGAUUCCGCCAUGCGCCGAAGGGGCACCAGUGACGCCCAUGGCGAUGCCACUCGAGCACAUUAUGCAGCAAGCAGCGCUUCAUGCAGGCCUCCAGCGCGUGGACCCCGAGGCCGUGACCGCCUUUGCCACAGCCAGCUACAUGGAGAACGUCGCCGAUGCGCUUCUGAGCCAUGCGUCGUCGUCGCCAUGUGCAGCGGCGGAAGGCUCGCCUUCGCGCACGAUGAGGAUUGCCCCGAAAGACUUGGUCGCAGCCACGACCUCGCACCCUCAGCUCAUGCACCCGACCGCACCCAUCGUUCGGGAGCGGGCGACCAGUGCCAUCGAGAACCGCUUCUAA